AACAAGACCGCAUAAACUCAACAAGGGCGAAAACGCAGUCUUGGUAGUCUUUUGUGGGCACUCAGCACGAGGUCAAUAGAUAGUCAUAGCACUUUAGAAACUGUACUGUCAAUAUGUACGCAUUUGUAUACAUAUUGCUUUAAAGCAACAUCGGUUCAGAAACGACUGUAAGUGAGAUGAACUUAAAAACAGGCAGUGCUAUACAGCAAAUAACUUGUACUUGGCUCGAAAACGUUAGUCUAGCCACCAGCCCAUUUACCAUUUUCCCUUAACUGGCCUGACCAAUCGGUGCUCAUCUUUUUAUCUAUGACGUCAUUGCAGUUCGACGGUGGUAAAGUCGAACAAGACUUCCGGGUAAGCUUUCAGUGCAGUGCAGCUCCACGAAGCUAACGACAGAAUAUAGCUAAUUGUUUCAGCAUUUUUUUUGCGAUGAUUUACGUCGUUAAUAUCGACUGACCCGAAAAUAGUUUAGCAAAUAUAUAUCUGUGAUGAAAGUUCACGUUCACGUGGUUAAGAUGACAAUGAAGAAAUCGAGGACGGCUAUUUAGCUUGCUAAAGUUAGCUUGUUGAAUUUAGCGUACUGCUCUACGACUUAAUAGCUGUAAUCUUAGCCACCUUUAUCUUAUUUUGUAAGCAAAAUGUUGAGUAUUCAAAUACCUUGAUAGGUGGCUAUAAUUAUUUAUUUUCGUGUGAAAAUAUGAAGUGUUUUGGUUGCAAGCUAGAUUAUAUUUUAUUAAGUGGGCUUAUUGUGAAGCGUACAGAUCACUAUCUGCCAUGUAAUUGAGACUCGCUGGAUGAAUAAUAGGGAAUAUUGUGACGUCUGAAUUGUAAUUUAACCAGUUUUGUGCUAAUUUAAUUGAAAGGUGGAACGAUAUGAUCAAUAAUGCGACGGGUGGAAUAAUGCGUAUUCUGUGCGUUAUUGCGUUGCAGGGGAGCUGAACGGGGACAGUAGCUGCGUCCUCUGUCAGAGUGCCGCAGGACCAGCUUGGACUCCUGACGAGAAAGGGCUGCACGCGGAAGAUGAGGGAAUUUGAAGAUGCGCAGGACAAGAGAGACCCAACGGCCCAUUACCCCUCUCCACCAUCAGGUAAACCCAUAGGCAUGCAUAUGACUAGACAGGAAAGCUCAGCCAACCUAAGCGGCGAAGCCCCGGAAAUAUGCUUGUACUGCGCAUGUCUUCGUUGUUCAGGGGCAAAACAUUGAGCUCCCCAUUAAAGUGAAUGGGGAAUACCAGACUUUUGAAGGCAAAAUAAAACUUCCCCGGUAGUAUUAUGACUCUCGAUUGAUGACCGUUACGUUUCAUAUGAAAAGCAGAUUUAAAUAUAUGCAUUAUGUAGUAAAAAUGCUCAUGUUAAUAAAAAUUUCCCCAUGACUUCUGGACCAAAACAACUAUUGUUUCAGAAACUGCUGCACAUAAUGAAAUUUAUGAUCACAAAAAAUGGACUGAUGAGGUUUUCUUUGGUUCCUAAAUCACCUUGGACUUCUACAUUGAAAUCAAAGGGCAGCAAGCUCUUUUGCCCUCAACAGUUUCCGAACGUGCACAGUAGAGGCCGUUUCCCGAUACUUCCUAAGCUUCACCGACUGGCCACCUCUACCCUCUCCAGUUCCUAUGUACGCUCUAUGGGUAAACCACCCACCCUGCUGCCCCGAGGCCUGUCCCUAGUACCCUCACCCGACAAAGCACUCCUCCCCAGCCUGCCACUGCUGCUCCCCCUUGGACAGAUCCUGAGGUAAGAUUUCACUGUUAACACACAGCACUGACUUUGUGUGUUAAAUAUUUCACUGUGAACCCAUAGGAGACACAUCAUUUGGUAAAUUUAGCAUUAACACAUGUCUUGUUAUAGAACCGUCUUUUUGUUUCUGCAUGGAAAGAAACACUAAAAUCCAGAUUUUUCCUGUUGAAAUGAGUGUAGAGGGAUGUCCAGACUGCUGGGUUGUUAGCAUUGUUACUUUUUGUUUGUAAACCUGUAAUAAAAUGUAAUUAUUAUUUGUGAAUCUUUAAUUAAAAUGCAGAUGUUUUCAUAAAAAUUCUGCCUCUUGCCAGUUUUAUUACAUUGUCUUUUAUAUGCGUCAUAUGUUUGUGUUUACAUUAGAAAUGAUCAGGGAUAUUAUCAUUUUUUAAAACAAAAUGUCACUUCAUCUCACCGCAUGUACUCAUUCAUGCAAAAUCUAAUCUUUCACUUUGUUUGAAUGAUUCUCAUCUCAACGGAACACAAUGAUACAGAUGCUCUUCUAGUACACAUAUCCCUAUAGGACAUCUAUUUUAUUUUGUUGCUUCUAUUACAUUUGAGCUUGAAUAGGUUGUUACAAAAUCAUUGAAAAAUAUAUCUUCUAGGAAAUAAACAAUAAGUAAAUUUUGUUGUGAAUGAGUCUUUCAGUUUUAUUUCACACUCUUCCGGUGAAGCAGGAAGCUAACAUACACAUACACUUUCACACACACACACACACACAUUUUAUUAUUUUAUCUUGUAUUUGUUGUAUCUUAUUCCUAUAUUUAGCUAACAAUAUUUCUUAUUUAUUUAUGCUCUAUCUAUUUUUGUAUGUUUUUGUUGAGUUGUUUUAUUUAGGGUGAGGCCAUGUAUAAGCCCCUUGGGUUUCUUGCCUCUCCCUGAACUAUUUCACUGUUUUUGGGUCUCUUCUGUUUCUGUUUUGUAUUUUAAUUGUGCUAAGUAAAAUCAAACCAAAUCAAAUUCAGUUUUAUAUUAAAUGUAAAGGCUUUGCUGCCUAGGGUUUCAUACGGCACAGCCAAACACUGCACUGAAAACUUUCUCCUUUUUUGAAAUAAAAAAUGUGUCUGUCAGUGCAAUGUGUCAUGGGGGUGAGGUCUUUUGCUGGUGGGAGGUGUCCUGACAGUUUGCAAUGAUGCAGAGUUGGAAUAUAUGGAGAAAAUGUAAAUGGCUUUCGCUGAUUUGUCAUUGUAACUGUUUGAAGUGUUCAUGCAGUGCUCUUAUAAGGCGACAGCGAGUGUGAUUGGUGGGGGGGAAGAGUGUGCUCUCUCAGAGGGGAGCCGGGUGCAUGCAUAGGGCUCAGUUUCUCUCAGAGCUCAGAGGUGAAGGUGUGAGCAUCCACUCUGCUCUGAGGAAGGUUCUGUUUGCGCUGAAGAAGAUGGAGAGAUGUCUGUUCUGCCUCUCUCUCUCCUCCCUGCUCCUGCUCUCCACAGCCAGUAUUGAGGAUGUGAGGCUGGCGAAUGGUAGCAACCGCUGUUCUGGGAUAGUGGAGGUUUACCAUCGAGGAGAGUGGGGGACAGUGUUUCGUGAGGGCAGAAUUUGGACUAUGAGAGAAGCUGGAGUGUUGUGUAGAGAGCUAGCCUGCGGAGAUGCUGUAGAUGCACCAGAACUUGAACACACUAGACCAGGGUCUGAAGAAAUAUGGAUGGGUAUUGUGUCCUGCCAGGGAUCAGAAUCCACACUGAAAGAGUGCAUUUUAGUAGCAUGGGGUAAACGUUACAUUCGCUAUUCAUUGGUUGCCGGAGUGGUCUGCUCAGGCAAUGUCAGGCUGGUGGGUGGGGCAGACCUGUGCUCUGGGAGAGUAGAGGUGCAUCAUGGGAGCUCCUGGGGCACAGUGUGUGAUGCUGACUUUGACCAGCAGGACGCAGAGGUUGUGUGCAGAGAACUGGGCUGUGGAGCUCUUAAAGAGCUGCGGGGGGCAGCUGCAUUUGGCCAGGGGGAGGGCCAGGUGUGGGCAGAGGAGAUUCAGUGUACAGGCAAUGAAUCUCAGAUUUACUUCUGUCCCACAGCACCCUCACAAAAUCAGUCCUGCUCCCAUCGAAACAAUGUGGGGCUGGUGUGUUCUGGGUACACUGAGUCCAGGCUGGCUGACGGCCCUGACAGCUGUUCUGGUCGAGUGGAGCUGCAGUACCAGAGUAUCUGGGGGACAGUGUGUGAUGCAUGCUGGGAUAGGAGAGCCUCCAAUGUCCUCUGUCAGCAGCUGAAGUGUGGGAUUGCAGUCGCAGUACCAGGGCAGGCCUGGUUUGGAGCGGGGAGUGGGCAAAUCAGGGCUGAUGUGUUUGAUUGCCAUGGGAACGAGACACGCCUCUCGCAGUGUGCCAUUUCCUCUUGGAGCCGAGCUAUGUUCUCACAUGAACAGGAUGCUGGAGUCAUCUGCUCUGGCUCUGCCCUCUCAGCUCUGGACGGGACGGUGCGGCUGGCUGGAGAGAGUGCGUGUGAGGGCCAGGUGGAGGUGUACUACCAGCAGACCUGGAUCAGAGUGGGGGGGUCCUGGAGCUUCAGCGAGGCCUCGGUGGCCUGCAGGCAGCUGGGCUGUGGCUCUGCAGUGCAGGUCUACAGUUCCUCUCCGUCUGGGACGGGGGACAGUGGGGAGUGCCUGAUGGGGUUUCAGUGCUCUGGGAGAGAGGCUCACCUGGGGAACUGCAGCGCUCCACACAAACUCUCCUGCAGCUCCAAGGAACAGGUGUCCAUCGUCUGUUCCAAUCACAGGUCUCUCAGGCUGGUGGGGGGAGGGGGGGAAUGUGCGGGACGUUUGGAGGUGUUCCACAACGGCUCCUGGGGGACGGUUUGUGAUGACUCCUGGGACCUGGAGGAUGCUCAGGUGGUGUGCAGGCAGCUCCAGUGUGGGACAGCCCUCAGUGCCCCGCUACCCUCCUUCUUUGGGCCAGGAAAUGGACCCAUCUGGCUGGAUGAGGUGGGCUGCAUGGGAAAUGAGACGUCCCUGUGGGACUGUCCCACAUCUGGAUGGGGACAUACUGACUGUGGACACAAUAAGGAUGUGGGGGUCGUGUGUUCAGAAUUCAAGGAGAUUAGAUUGACCAAAGGCUGUUCUGGGAAUUUGGAAGUUUUCUACAAUGGCACCUGGGGCAACGUGUGCUUCAAUCGAAUGACUACAGACACAGCCACUCUCAUAUGUCAGGAGCUGAACUGUGGGAAGAGUGGAUUUGUUUCUUCUGCAUGGCCACGACUGGAAUCAGUUCCAAACUGGCUGGAUCGUUUAAAAUGUCGCCUACAUGACUCCACUCUGUGGCAGUGCCCAUCAAGCCCUUGGGGUCAGAAUAGCUGCAGGAAAAAUGACGUGGCUUUGCUCACCUGCACAGGGGAAGAGCACAACGAAGUUCCAAGAAGCAAAUUGUCAUGCUCCUCUGCUACAAAUCAGAGAGCUUGCACAAAUCACUGGCCCCUCCGGCUGAUGGGGGGUAAAGGCGAGUGCUCUGGGAGGCUGGAGGUGUUCCACGGGGGGUCCUGGCGGAUGGUGUGUGGAGACUCCUGGGAUAUGAUGGACGUCCAGGUGGUGUGCAGACAGCUGGGCUGUGGGUCAGCAAAGGAGGCCCAUGGUAAUGCUAUUUUUGGGCUGGGGAAUAGUUCCCUCUGGCUGGCUGAAGUGAACUGCAGGGGCAGUGAGCUGCACCUGUGGGACUGCCCACACUCUGUGCACCAGCACAGCCGCUGCCCACCCCAGAACCAGGCUGGGGUCACCUGCACAGGCCAUUCAUCUGACUCCAGUUCCACUGCAGUGACCAAACGGCCAGAGCCCCCAUUAGAGGCUCCACCCAGCCUAUCUAUCCUAGAAGUGGCCUUCCUGGUGGUGGGGGUGCUGUUCCUCUUGCUGCUGGUGGUGCUGCGUGUUCUGCUGCUCCGGAACAGAGCACUGAGGAAAGCCCUGUCUCAACGGGACCACGCCCCUCUGCACGAAGCUGUCUACGAGGAGCUUGAGUGCAAACUGGCUGAAGGAAGAACCGACAGCGCCCCCUGGCGGGGGAGUCGCCUAUCUGAGGAUCUGCCCUCUGGGUAUGAAGACGUGGGAGAAGGCGAGGGACUCUCCCUCUCAGGGGACCUGGUGACGGAGGACACACCAGAGAACUAUGAUGAUGUCAUCACUGCAGAUAAGCAUCCAGACAGUGUGACAGGGGAGCUGGUGGACGGAGAUGCAUCAGAGCACUAUGAUGAUGUCAUCACCAUGCAGCCCGGCCCAGAUGCUUUUCCAGGGUAUCAUGUGACAGACACAGAGGAGAAUUAUGAUGAUGCCGUGACUCUGGACUGGAUUCAAGUGGGUGACGUUCUGGCCCCCGAAAGCCCUCCAGCUCCCAGUGGGAUGGACUAUGAUGAUGUGGGGGAGGAGCCUCCUGAAUGAGGAGGAGCAUCUUGAGAUUGGCACAUCUAUCCACAAACAUUUAUCCUACACAGUGUCACAAGAAAAAUAUUUUAAUGUGAUAAAACCACAUCCUAGUAGAUCAGCCAUUCAUCAAUUAGUAAUUCACCUGGAAUUAUUGACAGUAGGUUCCUUAGCUCGUUCAUAAAUUAGACCAUUGUAAGUGCUGGUACUUGUAUAAAUUGGCUAUAACAGCUUUCAUUCAUUGACACAAUGAAUAAAUUAUUGCAGUACUACUCAUUUCAUACUGCUUUCAUUUCUACCCAAACUGGUUCAAUAGACUGGAACUAUUUUCUUUCAGCAUUUAAAAAUCUGUUGCCAUUUUUUUUUAUUAACAAAAAAGCUUCAUUAACAUUUUUAUACUAAAUAUUUUUAGAUAUUUGGAUUCUGCAUCUUGGAGAAUUACGCAGCUUUCGAUAGACAAUAUUUUAUAAAAAUGAAAUAUAUUUUCCCAACAUACUCACAAUGUGUUUCUUUGCCUUCUUAAGCAAUAUCAAUAUUUUUAACAGCUAUACAUAAAUGUAAAUGAUAUUUUAAAUAAAGCUUGAAGACUGAA